AUGGAGUUCAGUAUUUUCAUGUGUUCAAAGAUAGAGGGGACUGAAAAGUGGAGCCUUUGUGCACGGGGUGCAGGCAAAACACCAACUUUAGGAGGAGGAUUCCACGCCAAUCUGGGAAAGGAGUCACGAGCACAGACUCUACAGAACGGGAAGCGUCAGAUUCACCACUUGGGAAACCAGCUUCAACUCAAUCAGCAUUGUCUGGAUACUGCCUUUAAUUUUUUCAAGAUGGCUGUGAGCAAGCACCUAACCCGGGGGAGAAAGAUGACCCACGUCAUUGCCGCAUGUCUCUACCUGGUGUGUAGGACAGAAGGAACUCCUCACAUGUUACUUGACCUCAGUGACCUUCUUCAGGUGAAUGUCUAUGUGCUGGGAAAAACUUUCCUUCUGUUGGCCAGAGAACUCUGCAUAAAUGCUCCUGCCAUAGAUCCGUGUUUAUAUAUUCCUCGUUUUGCACACAUGUUGGAGUUUGGGGAUAAGAACCACGAGGUGUCCAUGACGGCUCUCAGGCUGUUACAGAGAAUGAAGCGGGACUGGAUGCACACCGGCCGCCGGCCCUCCGGGCUCUGCGGAGCAGCUCUGCUAGUGGCAGCAAGAAUGCAUGAUUUCCGACGUACUGUUAAAGAGGUCAUCAGGGUGGUCAAGGUUUGUGAGUCUACAUUAAGGAAAAGGUUGACAGAGUUUGAAGAUACACCAACAAGUCAGCUAACCAUAGAUGAGUUUAUGAAGAUUGACUUGGAAGAAGAAUGUGAUCCUCCUUCGUUUACAGCUGGUCAAAAAAAAUUGAAGAUACAGCAGCUUGAGAAGGCGUUAUCAAAAAAGCUGGAGGAUUUUGAAGGUGAAAUAUCGAGCUAUCAAGAUGAAAUAGAAAUUGAAUUAGAAAACAGUAGACCGAGAGCAAAAGGUGUAUUUGCGAAUUUCACUAAAGAUGAUUCUAUAGAAGAUAAUACCUCUAGUGUAGCUGGAGACGAGGAGGCAGAAGAUGAGGAACUGGAAGCAGCCGCUAAUCACUUAAACAAAAACUUUUAUAAUGAACUUCAUGAUAAGGAUAGAGUAAAAAAAAACGGAGAUGGAGAAUGUGAAAAUGGAAAUGAAACGCUUGUAAGACCACCUGCACUGGAAUCCUUGCUCGGCCCACUCCCCACUGCAGCUAGUCUUGGCAUAACAGAGUCCAUAAGAGAGUGCAUAUCCACUAAGGAUCAAGAGCCUGGUGAGAAUACGGGAGAUGGUGAAUUAGAUCUGAGUGGGAUCGACGACAGUGAAAUAGAUCGGUAUAUACUUAACGAAACAGAAGCUCAGAUAAAAGCAGAGCUGUGGAUGAAAGAAAAUGCAGAUUAUUUGAAAGAACAAAAAGAAAAGGAAGCAAGAAUAGCAAAAGAGAAAGAACUUGGGAUUUAUAAGGAACACAAGCCAAAGAAAUCUGCAAAGAAGAGGGAGCCAAUUCAAGCCAGCACAGCAGGAGAGGCAAUUGAAAAGAUGUUAGAACAGAAGAAAAUCUCAAGUAAAAUUAAUUAUAAUGUGCUAAGGGACCUGAACAGCAAAGGAAGUAACACCCCAAAGAAAGAGGAUGACAGCACUGAUGACAGCACCAACACCAAGAAGCUGUCAAGAAGAAAAUCUAUUGCCAGUAGGAGUAUAGCCAACCCUGUAAACAGUUUGGGAAAAAGAUUAAGACCCUUGAUUUCAACACAGCUCGCUAAAAAGGCUGCCACUGAAGAGAUGGUGUUUCCAAACGCACAGGCAGAAGCCCCCGACUCAGCAAAACCAGCAGCUGUGCUAGUGGAGAGUGGCCCGGUAGCUUACAACCCUGACGAAGAGGUGGAAGAGGAAGAAAUGGAAGAAGAUGAUGAUCACUGCAUGAGCGCCUUGCAGUUAAUGGGAGGAAACGAUUAUGGCUGUGAUAUGGACGAUGAUGAUGGCUAUUAG